AUGGCCCCUGGAAUUACAGAGUUCAUGGAGGAGGAGAGGUUUGAAGUGAGAAAGACUGCUUCAAAGUUGGAUGCCCUCAAAGCAUCGAAUAAUGGGUAUAAUAAUGGUGGACGGGAUGAGGAACAGCAGAUAAAUGGUCGGUCGGAUACAUCCGCCGCCACCGCCGUUACCCAUAAUACAGAUGGACAAGAUGAGACGCCUGUGUUUACGAUGCCAUCUAUUCAUAAGUUGAGAGAGGCACAACGCCGGGUUGAGCAUGAUUUUCGAUCGGAUACGGUUACGGUACCGACGGUGCAUAUGAUGCAGGCCAUGAUCGAAUCCUCGUUCCAAGAUGACAUGUACGACGCAACAGGCGACGAGUCUGUCAACCGUCUGCAGCAGCGUCUAGUCGAACUAACCGGCAAGGAAGCAGCGAUGUGGGCUCUGUCCGGCACAAUGGGUAACCAGAUCUGCCUCCGGACCCAUUUGACGCAACCACCACACACGGUGUUGCUCGAUUAUAGGGCUCAUGUCCAUUGUUGGGAGACCGGUGCUAUGCCGGUCAUGUCACAGGCUGCUGUUACACAGGUGCAUCCUAAGAAUGGGUUGCAUUUGACGCUGGAGGACGUGAAGAAGCAUAUCAUUGCUGAUGGGAACAUUCAUUUCCCACCAACACGCGUGGUGUCCUUGGAAAACUCAUUAAGCGGUACCAUUCUACCUCUUAAAGAUGCCAAAGAAAUCUCAGACUUUGUCCGAAACUUCCCCGUCGAAGAAGGCGAAAAGCCCAUCGCUAUGCACCUUGACGGUGCCCGUCUGUUUGACGCCGUGGCAGCCGAGGGUGUGAGUCUGAAGGAGUACUGCGCCUGCUUUGAUUCGAUCAGUAUCUGUCUUGCAAAGGGUCUUGGUGCUCCCAUGGGAAGCAUUAUUGUUGGAUCGAAGAAGUUUAUACAUCGUGCCCGAUUGUUUAGAAAGAUGUUUGGUGGUGGCACGCGGCAGCCCGGAAUGAUGGCCGCUGCUGCCCUCUGCGCGCUAGAAUAUACCAUGCCUCUCCUACCCAAGGUUCACGCUUUGACCAAGCGAACCGCCGACUCCCUGCGGGAGGCCGGAUAUAAAAUCACACUCCCCGUUCAGACAAAUAUGAUCGUUUUGGACCUGGAAGAAGUCGGUAUUCCACCCGCAGCUUUUGUGGAAUAUGGAAAGCGAGCUGGUGUAACAGUGUUCCCAACUGGGCGACUCGUGUUCCAUCAUCAGAUCUCUGCUGCGGCAGCGUCACGGCUUGUUGAUGCACUGACAUCGCUUAUGCAGGAUAAGAAAGCUGGAAGGCAGUUGGAGAAUCAUAAAGUCACUGGCGGAUAUAUGUAA